UCUUACCCGAACAAUACAUUAUAUGAGACUUAUCUUUCAAGCUGUGUUCGUUGGCAAAUAUAAAUACACGUCGACAAAGCCCCCACAUUUUCGCUCUAAAGAUCACAAUCUGUGUUGUCUCUGUCUCUCUUCACUAUUAUUUUUGCUCUGUUUCCAAAGUUAUAAGAUUUGCUACUAUUCAAGAACUACAGUUUCCUUUGAGUGAUUUGGUCAUCUAGCAAAAAUAUGAGCGAACCAAAGUAUGCUUAUCCUUACCCUGCACCGGGAAGUUACCCUCAAGGCCCACCGCCUCCUGUGGGAGUACCACCGCAGUAUUAUCCUCCACCACCGCCGCCACCACCGCCGCCAAGAAAGAAAGCUGGUUUUCUUGAGGGACUACUUGCGGCCAUGUGUUGUUGCUGCUUUGUGGAUGAAUGCUGCUGCGACCCGACCAUUAUUUGCAUUGAUUAAACUAUGUUAAAAAGAUUUUAAAUCUCUCUUUCUUUGUAUUUUUUAUUUGUCUAUGGUGGGGUUUAUAUAAUAAGUGUUGUAUGAGUGGUAAUAUGAUUAAUUAUCCUACAAGCUAUGUGUUCUUCGGAAAGUAUAAAUAAAACGUUGAUAAAAGCCCCC